GAGCAGGCUGCAAACAUUUCAGGAAACACAGAGAGGGGCGGUACAGCUGUUACACCACCGCCAGGCGCCUAGGGUCUCUGUGCGGACCUGCCCUUCCUCACCCCCUCCUCCUCCAUGACACCCUUGCCGUGACGUCACGUGCCUUCUUCUCUCCCCCGUCCCGCUGCUACAUUGAUGUAGCAUGUACAGUGCGGGGCGCAGGGCAUCGCUGGCGGUGUAAUAACUCCUCAGGAUUCAGGAACAUCGGCCGGUGACUGCGAUGUUUGGAGCAGCUUAUCCGCUCCCCGUUGCUGUAUGAGCCCGAGGUGGUCACGUAACCCUAGCCUUGGAAAGUGCUGUUAUUUUACUAUGGGAAGCCAGGGACGGCUUGUGUGAGCAGGGUCUCGCUUCCUCCGCUCGCUGCUCUCCGCACGACGACGACGAUGAUGAUGAAAGAUCCGCUAUUACCGGGCGCCAGCGCUGUCCUGCCCGGCGCCUCGCUGCAGAAAGCCUGCAAGUUUCUGGUGCUCUUCUGCGCCCUUCACCUCACUGUUACCCUGGUCUACUACGUGUCCGGCGGGGAUCUGAAACUUUUCCAGUACUUUCAGAAGCAGCAAUUCCAAUAUAGGGAGAAGACGAACUCCACCAGCGGCCCCCUGGUCUCUGUGCUGGCCAAAGCGGAGCAAGCUGCUAUGCCGGAGCCCAGCAGCCCGGAGGAUCUCGCACAGUGCCCAGACACCUCACCACUGCUAGUUGGUCCUCUAAGAGUUGAGUUUUCUAUAGUGGUGGAUCUGGAAGAAGAUAGGAAGAGCAACCCCAGUGUAAGCGAAGGUGGUCGAUACAGGCCCAAGGACUGCAAGGCAUUACAGAAAGUAGCCCUUAUUAUACCAUUCAGAAAACGUGAUGAACAUCUGAAGUAUUGGUUACAUUACCUGCACCCCAUCUUACAGAGACAGCAACUUGACUAUGGCAUUUAUGUAAUAAAUCAGGAUGGAGAUGCUACUUUUAACCGUGCCAAGCUGUUGAACAUUGGAUAUGUGGAAGCUUUGAAGGAGUAUGAUUAUGAAUGCUUUGUCUUCAGUGAUGUUGACCUGAUUCCAAUGGAUGAUAAAAAUAUCUACAAGUGUUACAGCCAACCCAGGCAUCUGUCUGUAUCGAUGGAUAAGUUUGGGUUCAGAUUACCAUACACUCAGUAUUUUGGAGGGGUAUCUGCUUUAAGCAAGCAGCAGUUUGAAAGAAUAAAUGGAUUUCCCAAUAAUUAUUGGGGAUGGGGGGGAGAAGAUGAUGAUAUAUACAAUCGGAUAAUCGCUAGCGGGAUGUCAGUAUCUCGGCCGGAUAGUGUUACUGGAAAAUGCCGUAUGAUUCGUCAUGACAGAGAUGCAAAAAAUGAUCCAAACCCUAAAAGAUUUGAUCUGAUUGCACAUACAAGACAAACCAUGAAAUCAGAUGGAAUAAACACUCUUACAUACACAGUAAAAAAGACUGAAAAGUUUCCUUUGUACACAAAAAUAACAGUGGAUAUUGGUCCUAUGCCAAGCUAACACAUUGUGACUGAUUCUCUGACUGUUCCUAUCAUACUGGUAUGAUAGUAACAUCAAAAAUCCUCGAGAGCAACUUUUUAAAAAAAAAUCCAGAUCAGAUUUUAAAAAGACUUUUUACAAAUAUACAGCCUCAUCUUAGGCACACACAGGCUAUUUAAUCUGGUUGUGCUGUACAAAUCUAUUUGCUGUCUGGGAGGGGAGGGGGGAGAUCAAAGUUCACUUCAGGCUCAGUGUAUAUUUUGAAGUAGGGGCCUAAUUCAGACCUGAUAGCAGCAAAUUUGUUAGCAGAUGGGCAAAACCAUGCGCACUGCAGGGGGGGCAUAUAUAACGUGUAGAGAGAUAUAGAUUUGGGUGGGUUAUUUUGUUUCUGUGCAGGGUAAAUACUGGCUGCUUUAUUUUUACACUGCAAUUUAGAUUUCAGUUUUCACACACCUCACCCAAAUCUAACUCUCUCUGCACGUGUUAUAUCUGCCCCCCUGCAGUGCACAUGGUUUUGCCCAUCUGCUAACAAAUUUGUUGCUAUGAUCAGGUCUGAAUUAGGCCCUAGUUCUUCAAUUGAAUAUAUUACUGUACAAUGCUGCUAUGUAUUUUGGAUGUUUACAAACUUGGUUGCCUUAAAACUUCUAGUUAAAUAUGUGACCGUUCCAACAGGACACAGUCUGUGAGCCAAAGUAUAUUCAUGCACCUUUUUUUAAAUCUACAUUGAAUGCUUCUAUUUUUUUAUAGGUUUCAGUUAAAAAUGUAAGAUCUGUAUUGUAUUUUAUGUUACUGUACAUAAAUUAUUUAGAGUUGGUCAAACAAAUAAUUCCUAAAAUGUUACAAACCUAUUUUUUGGAAUAUGGUGGAUGGUGUCAUAUACUGUCGAACAAUUGAUUUCUAAUGCAACAAAAAUAAAAACAGCUGACACAUAGCAUUGAGGUAAAAACAAGAUAGUAAUGCACAUUUUACAACCACUGUUGUGUCACAACAAUAAAAUAUAAUCCAUUCAUAUGCUGUGUAACGUGGGAGGAGGAGGGGUUGGAUGGAAAAAAAAAAUCCAUGUCCCACAGAGUCUUAUAGACGUCAUUAUUAGUUUUUGCUGAAGAAGUGUCAGUGCAGGGGACACAUUUGCAUAAGUAUAUAAUUGGUCUAUUUUAAGGAUUUAUUUUGUUACUUUCAAGUGGUUUCUUUUUAAACUUUAGAUGUCGUCUUUUUAAUUACCGUAUAUUAGUUGAAAAUUGUUUUUAAUGUCACUCUCAGUAUAUUCAGUAAAGUGAUGUGCAAUCUAGUUCACAUUGGUGAUUAGUUCAUUAUGAUCUAGUUCACUGAAAAGAUUAGUUCAGAAGAUUAGUUCAUGUAGUUCAUUUAGUUCAUCAUUUCACUCACUGGGUGGAAUUCAGUUGUUUGAAAAGUGUGUU